GCCCCGCAGAUGCCGAACAGACUCCCGCCACAGCAGCAGCAACAGAAACCCAAGGAAGCCAAGGACCCCGCAGACAAGCCAGGUGUCCCUGACCAGCAAGCAGGGGAAAUCCAGGAUGACGAAUAUGUGGAGCCGGCAAAGGCCCUUGAACCACCCGAGCCAGUCAGCAAAAAAACUCUGAUGAAAAGGUUGGCUCGCAUAUGCACCCCGAAAGCUGACGGAACCUACAAAGUUCCUUUGGAGAUCAUCAACAGCCACAAGAAUCUUGAGACACGGGAUGAAGUUUAUCUUGCAUUCGAGAAGUGUGGAUGUGACCCAGAACAACUGGUCCUGUUCACCAAGAAAGUCAAUCGGAAGUACGAAGAAAUCAAUGAAAAGUCUGUGGAAACCGAGUACGAGUUCUUGACUGAGCAGGAAAUGGAGGAGAAAGGCUGGUCUGAGAAGUCCGACUACUGUGACGAAUGGAUGUACUGGGUCGCUGUGAAGGUAAGGGGAUCGAACAAGAAGACCAAACGCAGCACCGUCGCCGAGAUCUUGGAAGGCGGCGACAACCAGCCGAUGGAGGACCCAGACGAAGCUAUGGAAGCUUUCCCCUUCGCCUUGGAGGGAGACGGGGGGGCCCCCAAG